CUAAGCGCAAAUUCAACCCAACCUUCCAACAUUCACUUUUCCUUCGUCUUUUUUUCUCAUCUACUGCUAUUACUACCUACGUCUUAUUUUCUUCUUUUGAUCCCCUCGGAUUUAAUAUCAAAUUCUUUGCGAAAGUUGCAUUCCACCUUCCUCGGGACCAUUCUUGCUUCUCGUUUCCUUUCAUCCAAAAGUCGUUCGCCUCUAAAAAAAAAGAGUCCCUCGCCUGCUGGUCCUUGCUUGCACAUCCACACUGUAUAUAUUGACUCGCUCAACGAUCUAACGUUUCUGUUCCUGGUUCGUCGUUUUUACACGCAUACGCCAAGAUGUCAACAUAUUUCUACGGACAGCACCAGCAGCACCACCAGACCCCCCACCAUGGCGCGCACUUGACAACCUCGAACAACCACCAUGGAGGCCGUUCUCGUAGGGGCCCCAAGAUGGCGGCUCAGAAUGCUCAGCGCCAGUUUCGAGGCGUAAAAAGCAUGCGAGAGCUCGCAGAGGCUCCCGCUGUGACAGCCUUCCGUGCAAGAUUUGAGGCUGGACGAUCCUUCGAUCUGGACGACGACCUGGAGUUCUGCCCUGGUCUUCUCACCGAGGACGAUGUAUGUUUUCACCAUUUGGGGUCCAAACCCUCCCUCCGCUAGAUUCGGGUGGCCCCCCUUCGGGUAGUAAUCUACCCUUCAUCCCACAGAACCCCCUUGUUGACCAUCAUAUCCCCUCUUCCAGCUUCACUCAAUCCACUCGGCUUCUUCGGACCGUUCGUCUCUUUCCAGUGGUUCGCCUGAUAUCUCUCCCAUCCAGCAUCAGAUCCAGCCCGUCCAGCAGGUCACGCCUUCGAUUUCUUUGUCCCCCGCUUCCUCGAAUUC